AUGCUCAUCUCUGCUAGAAGGUUGAAACGGUGCCAAUUCCUGCAGAUACUUACAACAUGCUUUGUUUUGUCCCUGAUGCUUAUGUGGGUUCAGGAUGAUAACGAUUUCGUGAAUCAUAUAAAAUCGUAUUCCUACAGAUACCUCAUAAAUAGCUAUGAUUUUAUAAACGAGAGCUUGUCAAUUACUCAUGGCAAUUCUGAUGGAACAAGAAACUACAAAUAUUUGAUGACUAACCAAGAUAAGUGCCAAAAUGAAGAUGUGCUUCUUCUACUGUUUGUAAAGACUUCCCCUGAAAAUCGGAAACGUCGUGAUGCAAUUAGAAGAACCUGGGGUAAUGAGUUGUACAUCCGAUCGCAACAUGCAGCUAAUAUAAAGGUUGUGUUUGCCCUGGGCAUUGACAGUGACCCAGUCAAAAGUAGGAUUGUCCAGAGGGAGCUGGUCGCUGAAAAUACCAGAUACAAUGAUCUAAUUCAACAAGAUUUCCUUGAUACUUUCCACAACCUUACUCUGAAGUUACUAUUACAGUUUGGGUGGGUGAACUCUUACUGUUCCAAUGCCAAAUUUGUUAUGUCUGCCGACGAUGACAUCUUUAUCCAUACCCCUAAUCUAGUCUCCUACUUGAAAAUGUUGGAUCUGAUUGGGGUGCAAGACUUUUGGAUAGGCAGGGUUCACCGUGGAUCCCCACCCAUACGGCACAAAAAGAGCAAGUAUUAUGUCUCGUAUGAAAUGUAUCCGUGGGCCUCUUAUCCUGAUUACACUGCUGGGGCUGCAUAUGUAGUGUCCAGAGAUGUGGCUGCAAAAGUAUAUGAAGCAUCACAAACAUUAAGUACGAAUUUAUACAUAGAUGAUGUUUUCAUGGGUAUCUGUGCUAAUAAAGUGGGUGUUGUGCCUCAAUAUCACGUAUUUUUCUCAGGAGAAGGAAAAGCCCCUUAUCACCCAUGCAUCUACAGCAAAAUGAUCACAUCCCAUGGACACUUGGAUGACAUUGAUUAUCUGUGGAGACAAGCUACAGACCCCAAAGUAUACUCUCUAACAUCCGGGUUUUUGGGAGACAUGUAUUGCAAAUUUGUUAAAAUAAUGCUUCUCUGCAGGAUUCAUUAUGUGGAAACCUAUCCAUGUUCAGCUGCGUGGUCCUAGUACUUGAAUUAAUAAAUAUUUUUGAUUAGACAUUUUUUCCGGUACUCUAUAUUAAACAGAGUAACUCCUGUUGUUGAUGUAGCAUUUAAAUUGAAUGCUGGAAAAUUUUUAACUUUUUAAAAGUGAAAAAAUCCUUGGUGUAGUAACACGUUAAACAUUAUUCAGUCAAAAUUAGACUAAAUGGCAUAUUUUGCUAAAAUAUUGGAAGCUGUGGUU